CUGCUGCUACAUGUCAAAUAUGAAAGAGGACUAAGCCAUAACUUCGAUUGGAGUAAGCAGACCUUUCAUGGCGAAGCUCGGAGGAGGGUAAUGGAGUGGCUCCUCAAGCUCAAACACAUGUUCAUUCCAAUGCUCUGAAGGGUUACCAUUCAUCCCAAAUAAGCAAACAAAAACAACCUAAAAUGUAUAUGAGAACAUUCAUCAAACACCUGGGGUGCAAAAACUCAAGCUUGUUCAAAACCCUCCCUCGCUCACUCUCUUACUCCUUCGCCGCUCCAUCAUUGCAUUUACAUCCAACACCACCUCCACCAGCUACGACUGACCGUAACCAGUCUCAGCAUGACCCCUACUCUCUCCUCAAGGAAGACCCCAUUGAUAUAUGCUCCGCCAUGUGGGUCAAAGCUUUCUCUUCUCCACCCAUCAUCACCAUUCCCAACCUCACUGGCUUCCUCUCCAAAUUCGACCUCUGGGUCUUGGCCUACCAGCGCACCUGCGCUCACGUGACCGGAACUUUCCCACCCCGGAACGCCAUCCAUUCCCAGGUCCUCCAUUCCCUUCUAUCGCUCCGGAACGCUGUCGUUCAUGGCCAAUUCUCAUGGAACAGGAAGAUUAAUCAGUAUGUUCGGAGCCCCAAUGACAAACCCAGUACGAAAAUCAUGUCCAAGCGCAAACUUCAGUCUCUGUUUGAAUCCGAAGAGCCCUGUUUUCAAGACCGGGUCGUUCAGGAGGUUUUGUUGAUGAUUUUGGAGCCCGUUUUCGAGGCCCGGUUCUCGCAGAAAUCUCACGGGUUCCGGCCUGGUCGAAAUGCCCAUACGGUCAUUCGUACCAUCCGGAGUAACUUCGCCGGGUACCUCUGGUUCUUGAAAGGAGAUUUGAGUGAGAUUUUUCAUAGUUUGGAGAGAGAUGUGGUGAUGGGUUGCUUACAGAAGGCUGUUAAGGACAAGAAAAUAUUGGGUUUGAUCAAAUCCGCGUUGAGAACACAUGACCCGAAUUCCCCACGAAAAAAAUUCAAUACAGAUAUGGCUAGGAAUAAGAAGACGACUAAGAAAGGUUCUACGAAGAAAAAGAUUCUCAAUGAGAAUGAGCCUAAACCAGACCCUUAUUGGUUGAGAUCAUUUUUUGAUUUUGCUCCUGAAGAAGCUGCUAAGGUACCUUCUUAUGGCUGUUGUGGAAUUCUGAGCCCUUUACUUGCUAAUGUCUGUCUUAAUGAAUUAGAUUAUAUGAUAGAAGAUAAGAUGGUCGAGUUCUUUAGGCCAUCUAGUCUUGAUUCAAUUUGGAAAGAUUCAAUCUCUGAUGGUUGUCAUAACCCAUCUUGGCCUGAGUUUGUUCCUUCCAGUGGGAAGGAGAAGACUAGAAAAAUGGAUUACAUACGAUAUGGGGGUCAUUUCUUGAUUGGAAUUAGAGGUCCUAGAGAAGAUGCUGUAGAUAUGCGUAAGAAAAUAAUUGAGUUUUGUCAGUGGAGAUUUGGGUUAAGACUGGAUAAUUCAACAUUGGAGAUUGAACACAUUAGUAGAGGAAUUCAGUUUUUGGACCAUAUCAUAUGCCGCAGGGUUAUUCACCCAACACUUCGAUACACCUCUAGUGGUGGUAACAUUGUGAGCCAGAAAGGUGUUGGGACAUUGCUCUCUGUUACUGCUAGCUUACAACAAUGCAUACGCCAUUUCAGGCGGCUUCAGUUUGUCAAGGGUGACAGGGAUCCUGAGCCACUGCCUUGUACUCCUAUGCUCUACUCGGGUCAAGCUCAUACCAAUGCUCAGAUGAAUAAGUUUCUUGAGACAAUGGCCGAUUGGUAUAGAUAUGCUGAUAAUCGUAAGAAAGUAGUUGGCUUUUGUGCUUAUGUGAUUCGUAGUUCAUUGGCUAAACUGUAUGCUGCAAGGUACAGACUGAAAUCUCGAGCUAAGGUUUAUGGAAUAGCUUCUCGCGAUCUCAGUCGUCCCUUGAGGGAGAGCAGUAACAAUGCUGCACCCGAGUACUCUGAUCUUUUGAGGAUGGGACUUGUUGAUGCCAUUGAAGGUGUUCAAUUCUCGCACAUGUCUUUGAUUCCUUCGUGUGAUUACACUCCAUUUCCAAGGAAUUGGGUGCCAGAUCAUGAGAGGGUUUUACAUGAAUAUAUUAGGCUUGAAAACCCCAAAUUCUUUUGUGAAUUGCAUAGAACAAUUAAGAAACAUGGUUUAAGUUUGCCUCAAGAUGAGAUAGCUGACACAGUGUGGCAUUUUAAAACCCUUGGGGUUAAGAAUCAUCAACGCCGUGUUGAAAAUGGAACAAGAAAUGAUGAUUCUCAUGAAAUGUCUACCACGCCGUGAAUUUGGGAUUGGACGGGCAGUAUCAUUUGAAUCUUGUAGCUUGGAUUUGGAGCCAUGGUGGCCUGCUAAAGUUGUCGAUAUUCAUGUCAUGAGUUUUUAUACAAGGUAUGGACAUGCUUGCCUUGAUGGGAGAUCCUCCAUACUUGUCCUACUAAAUUCAGAAACCAUUGGGACGAGAGGCAUUGAAUGAAGGAAUGUGAGGUCGGAGAGCAGGGAGAAUCAAACUGAUUUCAGAUUUAAAGUUUAUUCAUGAGAAAUCAGAAGAGUAACAAUGACAUGAGAGCAGAAGUGAUGAAGUUUCAUAAAAUCAUCCUAACUUUUCAGUGAUGAGCUUAGCAAGAUAUUGCAAACUCUAGAAAAUGCCGAAAAUCUCAAUAUAGUUCUCAUUUAAAAUUCCCUAUGCUUUGUUUACCAAAAAAAAUCACUAUGCUUCUGGUGUCUUCAUCUGAUGGAAAUCUCAUGCUACAAACUUGUGAGGAGAGAUUGCCAUUGUUAGGCUUUGCACCAAAAGACUAAUACUGAUAAAAAAAUUCUAUACCAAAAAGGUUCGUAGUGUUGUUAAAGAUUCUGUUUUGAGUUGCAUCCAUUAUAUUGUUUGAAAAGUUGGUGUUUUGGACCUGAAACUAUUAUUGGUACUAAGGUUCGAAGCUCAACUUUGUAAAAUAGCUAUAGGUUUAGAAUGCUGAAAUAAGGCAUAUUAAUGUGCCCAAUACUAUUUGAGUUGGCAUCUCAUAA